AUGGGUCCCUGUACGGCCUCCCAUUGCUGCUGUCUCCAUCGCCACACUCUGCCAUGUGCCACUUUCAGGUCUCCUCACACUCCUGCUGGUUUCCAUUUUGUCAUAGGUUGCUGUAUGGCCUCCCAUUGCUGCUGCCUCCACCGCCACACUGUGGUUUCAAACACUGGUUUUGGCCCCGUGACUGGCCAAAUGAGUGAAAUGUGCGGUGAUUCUAAGAUCGACGGCACUCAUCUGCAUGUCAUACUGACUGACAGUAUUAUUUCUCUUCCCAGCAGACUCCAAGGGCAUUUAAAUUCCCCCAAAUGUCAGGGCAGUACAGAU